AGGGACGCUUCGUAUAUAAGACCCAUGAACCUCUUUAAAACUUGGAUGCAUUUUGAGUAGUUGUAUACAAGAGCAAUAUUUCAGCUGCAGUCUGUCGUGUAGAGAUCGAUCAACCCUAGUCAACAGUUAUGAUAGUGAACGUUUGGGACGUCAAAAUCAUUUGAUUCAAGGGAAUCUAUGAUUUAUUAAUUUGGACGCACGAAAUGACCAAGGUACAAUGUCGUGGACUAUGCCAAUCAGUUUGAAUUUGAGCCUUGGAGGUUCCGGUCAGCUGAAAUUUUGGAGCUUGAAGUGAUAUGCUAAACCUUUUGCACAGCUGAACUCGUGGAGUUUUACACUAGGAUUCGGAGAUCGAGCACAUUAGCAAGAUGAUGCAAUAUUAUAUCGACGAAUCGAACAUCCCUCACACCUACGAUUUAGCACCGCCUUCAACUGCUACUGGGUUGCUGCAGGAAUUUGUAAAAACUGGGAUGGAGGUUGUAGAUCAGGACUCGUACUUCUCAGCGAUGACAGGCAAUUUGGCUGGGCUAUUGGGGAAUUUUCCAGCAGCAGCAGCACCUGCCAUGUCCGCCGAAGAAAAUCGUCAGAACUUCGCACUUUUGAGUGGGAUAACGACGAGUGCCUCGAUCGGAGAAGAUGCAGCGUCCGACACAGUAGGGUAUGGCAAAAUAGUGAGGUCGGAGGAACCUUACCAUCCUUGGACCUUGACAGGAAGUAUGAACUCGUCUGCGCAACCACCGUGUGCGCAUACUGGAUUCCAGGACAUGCCAGAGAAGCUCAAUAUCUUUAUAGAAUUGGAACAAUAUCUCGAACAAUUUCGUCACGUAGAGGAGGCUGGACCGGGCCAGGGCCUUGAGGAAUUGGAAAAAAGAAUCAUUCAUGAAUGGAGUUCAAAACAGCUGCCGCUACCAAUUACGACGCAAUUCCCCUGGGAGAUUAUCCAGGAAGGGUUACAAAGAGGCGAUGAAUUAUUAGAAGCAGAAACUAUUGACUUGACAAAGCAGUCUGCUCCGAUGAGUUUGUUGUCGGUACAGAUCGACGAUGGAUUAGACAAGAUAGCGUUUGGCUGUAAUCAGAAUAUCGUGGCGAAUAUACCUGGAGGGGAUUUGCAUGCUUCUCCUCUUGUAGCAUCCAGUUUACCGAAUCUCAACAACCAAACCAUCUCUCCCAGUUUAAGCUGCAUGCACGGUACCCCGGCUUCAACCGAGCAAGUGCCAGGCAGGCGUAGUUCUCGGUCUGCCUUUCAAGUCUAUGCACCCGCACAGUCCACGAGGCUCUCUCAACACAGUAUGUCUUCCAAUAGGAAGCCUAUGAUUCAUUACUGGGUGGAAAAAUUUGGGCCGAAGUUGAAGUCUCUGCAAGUGCUGCAGCCUUCUUCUUCAGAUCAAUCAGCAGUUGGAUUGGGCAAUUGCAAUGUCAGAGUUGGAACUAGUUAUGAUUUCUCAACCUCAAUUAGCGCGGCUCAUGACUUCAGACAAGCUUUGGUGCGCAAAAAGGCAGAGCAGCAGAGAAGAAACAAGUUCAAACGCAGCCUGGAGAGCUUGAAGAAAAUUGUACCAACUAUCACCAAGAAGGAUAAGGUAGCGGUGAUCUAUAGCGCCAUUGAGUACAUCCGGCAAUUGGAAUCUCGAAUCUCGAGCUUGAAAAAGGAGCUUGAAGAAGCUGCACCUGGGUUUUUAGACAUGGAGAAUUCUGCAACAUUGUUUGCCAGGGGGGGAGUUAACGUAUCAGGGGAACAGGACCUGGGUUUGCAUUACAUUGAAAAUCCUGCUGGCCCAUCAUCUUCUCCUGCAACUACGCAUGUGGUGGUGGAAGGUACAGAGGGAGGAGAAACUCUGAACCUUAGAGUGGAGGCUAAUUACCAUGCGCGAUCGCUGCCCAAGUUACUGAAUGUGUUGCAGGAUUUGGACGUCGUGGUUGUCGCGAUGGAUUAUGGUUGCAAAAACGAGCGAUUCCGUGCCACCGUUCGCGUGAAGACUUCAAGGAAUGUGCGGAGGAGCAAUCAUGAGCUAGAACAGACGCUAUGUCGUGCUUUGGAAGUAGGUGGUCUUAUGCCGCCCUCCAGAUCCCAACAGCUCUUCUAAAUUAGAAGAAACUUUGGAAGAGUUCAUGGAGUAUCCAGAAACAGCAGUCAACAUUCAUUUAGUCGAAUAGAGUAGGUGCAUCUAUGUUGUAAAGCCUGUUUUACAUGCUGCAGCAUUUCCAGCAUGGUAUGUGUAUCAUCAUUAUUGGUCCUCUUACGCAACUAAUUGUUUCCAACUCAAA